AUGAGUAGUGCGCGCCGUCGCAACGGCAAGCCGGCCUCGUGCGAGCCCUGCCGGCGCGUCAAGGUGCGCUGCGACCAUGCUCUACCCACGUGUAGUCGGUGCAAGGACCGUGGUAUCUCGUCGCGGUGCUUUUACCACCCUGCGCCCCUGACUCGGACGAGAACGAGACAGAUCUUCCCGCUGGCAGAAGGGGUCCCGUUUGACCGUGCGGCCCUAGCCAGGAAUGCACAGUCUGGUGAAUCGUCGGUUAACUCGAAUACACCCCCGAUAUCCAAUGAUCAUGCAUCGUCGCGAGAAUUAGAAACAAGAUCUAAACCGCUGCUAGCGGGGUACUUUGGUCCCACAAGCUUUGUGUCUCCUCUGACUGACGAUGUAGAUCUUGUAUCUGCUGGGCAGGGGCUAGAUGUAGUUGAAGGCGCACAACGCGUCUUGCCACCAUACUGGGUGCAGAAGAUUUCGGAGAUGCUAUUGAUUCUUGGAGACUUCUCCCCCAUUGAGUCUCUGCUGCGCGAGUACUAUGACCUGAGUCAGAGUGCUGCGAUCCCUGCGCCAUUCAUCUUGAACAGCAUCGGCCCUUUCAAGGCAAUGUGCGAAGAAAGCGUUCGUGCGAGAAAUAUCGAGGAUUUGGCUUCAUCGAUGACUGUGCGUAUUAUUCAAAAUACAGCCGAGGUAUUCGAGAUCCCUUCAACCAUGGCUGGAAAGGACUUCCACAAGCUAUUCACCGGCCCCGCUAUUCGCUUGGAGAUGAUUGGUGUCAUCUGCUCUCUCGCUGGUAGAGCACGAUACUUGGGGCUGGCCCGUGAUAAGUUUGACGGUCAAUCAUCGCCUAUCCAAUUUGCGCGAAAAAUGCUUGCAGCUAGCGAUGCUGCCUUGUACAUUUGCAAGAUACUUACGACGCUGAAUGAUUUAACGAUUUGGCUCGUCCAUGAGAACCUUUUGCUUUCUGAUCUGAUCAACGGAGACUCGAGCCCUCAUUGUUGGAGCAGACUAGGCGACCUAUCGACGGAUAUCUUCGCGCUGGGUCUUCACCGAGACGCGAAGACCGAUCAACUCCCAGAGUUUCUUUUUGAAGCGCGACGCAGGCAAUUCGCAGCGGCAUAUCAACUUGAUAAAAGUAUUGCGACGUUUCUUGGGCGACCGCCCAGGAUACCUUUGCGCUAUUGUGAUUGCAGAAUGCCCCUCGACAUCAGCGAUGAUGCGCUUGCACCCGAAGAUACAAACCUCCAGUAUUCGGGUACUGACCUUGAUGCUAAUAAUUGGAAUGUUCAUGGUGUGUUUCAACGCUCUUCUUGGAUGAGAGUACGGUUCAUUAUCUGUAUGUUCCGUGACGAGAUAUUGGAGGUGUCCUUACAAAAGGUCACGUCCCAAACAGCUCAUCUGCUACACGACAUCUCUCACCGCUGCCAUUUAGCUUGGGAGUCGUUGCCAGUCCAUCUGCGAUAUACACCACACUGCUGGGGGAACCAAUGCCCAGUGGCAGUGUCUUUGCUUCUGAUUGUUUCGUAUCUGGCAUAUUUGUAUAAUGAUUUCUUAAUUCAAAGAUUGCUGGCAGGCAAGAAAAAUCCAAGAGGCAGCACCGCUUUGCUCUCGGUAAGCGCAGAGAUAUUAUCCUCCGUCCUGACUAUUGGAGCGCAGAGGGAACAGAUGGUUGAUAUUCGACCCGACUUUACCUGGACGAUUCUACUUUACGGUUUUCCAAGCGCCAGUCUCCUUAUCAAAGCCCUUCAGCACCAAAAACGAACUGGCCAACCAUUUCUUUACGAAGGAUCUCGAUCAGCCCUACUUCGCAAUCUAAGCGUCUUCAUAUCCCACCUCGAGACCAUCGUCCGACCUGAUAACUCGAACUAUGCACUCUUUCAAAGAGCAAGCCAAGUGUUCUCGAAGAUUAUUGACGAAGUCCUCGAGCCUCAAGAUACUAUUGCGGAUACCGACAUAAGCGAUGCAUCCCUCUUUGACUUUGAUCAAAUGAUACCCGUGGAUGGCCUGGACUUGUUCAAUACUAUGGACUUUGGGGUAGCAUUUAACCAAUGGCUAUUUUAA